GCUCUCCUUCUCUAGCUCUCUCCUCAGAUCAGCUCUCAAGACCCUGAAACUUCUCGAGCCCCUCUCGAACCCUCUCGAACCCUCUCAAACUCAUUCUCAAAGUAAUAGCAACAGUAACAUUGUAUUUCUCUCUCUCUCUGUUUCGUUUCGAAAAAAAAAAAAAAACCCAAACAAAACCAAAAGCCCGUCGAUCUCUCGCAAUCUCUCUGGUUUUGGAGAUGGAGAAUUCGGAAGCGAGGAGUUCCCAACGCGUCCGAGUCGCGGUUAGUAUCAGGCCAGAUGACGGUACGGAUUGCAUUUCAGUGGUUCAUGGUGAACCUCUGCCUCAGGUGCAAAUUGGUUCGGAGUCCUUCACCUUCGACUAUGUUUAUGGUGGUAGUACUGGCUCGCCUGCUUCUGCAUUAUACGGUGAUUGUGUUUCUCCUCUUGUGGAUGCACUAUUCGAUGGUCGUAAUGCCACUCUUAUUGCAUAUGGCCAGACGGGGUCGGGGAAGACGUACACCAUGGGGAGUAACUAUUCAGGGAAGGGAAGUAAUGUAGGAGUCAUACCUAAAGUAAUGGAAGACAUAUUCCAGAGAGUCGAAGUGAUGAAAGAUUCAAGAGAAUUUGUUAUUAGAGUCUCAUUUAUUGAGGUACUCACGAAUAAAGUGUAUGAUUUGCUAGAUCCAAAUUUGCGUGCAAGGGUUUCCUUACAAAUUAGAGAAAUUGAUGGAGGAACAACAGUUGCUGGAGUCAUUGAGGCAGAAGUUAGGACAGAAGAAGAGAUGGCAACACAUCUAUCUUGCGGUUCCCACUCUCGUGCCACUGGGAGUACUGAUAUGAAUGACCAAUCAAGUGGCUCACAUGCUAUCUUUACAAUUACUAUGGAGCAAAAGAAUUUUGCACACAAUGAAGACAUUGGUGAUGACAUCAUAUGUGCAAAACUGCUUCUAGUGGAUCUCGCUGGUAAAGGAACUUCUAUCAAUGAGGAUUUAUUGGCACUUGGCAAGGUGAUAAGUGACUUGGGAGGUAAAAGGAAGAGGAAAGAAAUACGUCACAUUCCGUAUCGUGAUAGGAAGUUAACCCACUUGUUACAGGAUUCUCUUGGAGGAAACAGCAAAACGGUUAUGAUUGCUUGUGUACGUCCUGCCAACGCAAAUCUUAAGGAAACCCUGAGCACAUUGAAGUAUGCAAAUCAUGCUCGCAACAUUCAGAACAAGGCAGCUGUUUUGCCACAAAAAACAAAAAAAGCUUCUAUGUCUACAAAACGUUGCAUUGACUGUAGAGAAAAGGACUCAGAAAUAAGAGAUAAGGACUCAGAAAUAAGAGAUUUGAAGGAAAAGGUUCUGAAGUUGGAGAUGGACAAAGCAGAACUUAUACGUUCACUGAAUGUCUCGAAGAAAAGGAGAAUGGCAAUGGAUGGGGACCUAAACAAUGAAGGGCAUAAGAAUGACUUGCGCAACCAGGGCUACAGGAGCUCCUCUAGAUCAGAAGACAUGGAUACAUCUGAAUCAGAAUAUUUGGAUGAUUCGGAUGAUGAUGAUUGGCCACAGGAGCUCCUCCAUUGCAGCUCUUGCAGUAAAAACUCUUCUUGCAAAACAGUGAGAUGCACAUGCCAUGCUUCUGGAUGUAGUUGUGGGACUUUGUGUGCUUGUUUACCUAGUAAGUGUGCCAACCGCAGUUGAAAUGGAGCUGGUAGCUGCACAAAUUGAAGAAUGGGAUGAAGAAAGUUCUGUUCCGCUAGCCCAUGUCUUGCAUAUUUUUGGA